ACCGCCGUCGGCAUUUCGAUCGGUUUCUGUCAUUUCCGCUCGUCGAUCCACAGUCUACCUCCGCCGUCGUCAUAAUAACAAUAAUUCCUAUCGUCAUCCGAUCGUUGAUAACAUAACAUCAAAAAAUCGUCGUUUUAUUGGUAUAUACCUACUCGCCGUCUGUAUAGUCGUCGCGCGUUGAUCUCAAAAACUUUUUUUUCGCCAACGAUUCUUCUUAUUGUUUACCUACGAUAAAACAAUUGACCCACUCGUAGUAAUAUUGCUAUAUGAUAUAAUAUUAGUAAAAAUAUCAAAAUAUUGUAUUACUAGUUGUGAGCCUACUCAAUAAACGGCGACGUAAUCGUUUCACGUCCGUCACUUCGCGGUCACCUGCCCGUCCGGUCCUCCAGCGACAAUAACAUACAAAUUGUCAUUAUUUGUGACGCGACAACGGUUGCGAACGAACAUGGCCGGAGACGGAUGCAUCGAUUUCCUGGAAAAGGAAAGGAUUUCAAAAGAACUUAGAGUUCGCAUGAACGAAUGGAAAGAAAUUAUAGUAUUGUUAAACGCAAUAAUGUCAUGGCAAAAAAAUUGGUUUCCAGCGAUUACGGUUACAUGUGUAACGAGUUUAUAUUUAUAUAUGUGGCUGGUCAACUGUUCGAUACUAAACAUGAUAUGGACGGCCGGCCUAUGCACUGCCUUGUUGGAUUGCAUCGUUUGCGGUCCAUUUCAAAGGAUCCUACCUCCUAACAGUUGGGACCAGGAUAAGGAGCGCACGUUCACAGAAAUCUCUGAGUGGUUGGCCGAUUGCUGGGUGACGACAAAGCUGUAUAUGGGCCGAUUUUUCAACCUCAGACAAACACAUACUAAACUGUUUCAUUCUGUCUUGUCAGUGUCAUUCUUCAGCCUUUUGUACAUUGGAACCACGUUCAACAAUUUGUUCAUAUCAUAUAUUACAAUUAUGGGAAUUUUGCUGUUUCCUGGAUUCAAAACCAAAUCGGAAUACAUCGAAUACAGUCUACAGAGGUACGCUCAUCAGAUGCUGUCCGGCGACGACGACGAGGCGUCUUCGUAAUAAGGCGAACACCUCGAAGCCAACGUGAUCCAUAUACCUAACCAGCUCAUCGUAUUUAAAUAAAUAACUAGUGUUAAAAAAAAAGAGAUGGUAGUAGUACAGAGUUAAUUUAAUAAUUUUUUUGCCUUUGAAGUUUUCAUAAAUAAUUUUUUUCACGUGUGCCCUACCAUUUACAGUAGGCACCUACAAUAAUGUGUACGUGUGUGUGUGUCUAUGUGUUGUGUUAAUUAUUAUAAUAAUCGUUAACCACAGAACAAUUUAUACCUAAAUCAUAGAAAUCGCGUUUUAUAGCGAUUAUUAUGAAACUGAUUAAACAUUUCAAUAGUUAUAAUAAUAUAAUGUUGUACCUAAUUAAUUAUUAUGAUAAUAAUAAUAUUAUAAUUUACGGAGAUUAGUUUUUUUUUCUAUGUAUCUAAGAUUGUUUUUCCUGCAGCGUUUUUCUCGUUUAUAAUACAAUUUAUUAAUAUAUCAAUAGGACGGUCGUUGUUUAUAAUAAAUGCAAACGAAAUGUAACUA